GUGGCCCGAUCAGAAGGAGUCGAAGAAAGCCAGGGCAAGAGAGCGCAGGCCUCGACCUCCACCGCGUCGUUUCGAAGCUGCCCGAAGGAGGAGAACCUGGCCGAGGGUGGUCGACUAGAGUCACGCAACGAGACCCGAGAGGCCACCUCGGGGGUACCGCCGAUUGUUUCCGAAGCAAAUCAGUCAGUCUGCAGAAUGAAGUGUCCGGCGUGGCUGGUUUUCGCUCUGCUCCCGCGUUUCUUCGCGGUGAUACCGGUCGGCCUGUCGCAGAGGACCCACGGGAAGCAGGGCCUGGGACGCGACCAGCUCCUGGUCAAGAUACCGGACCAAGGAACGGUCGCUGGCAAGGAGGUAUUCCUAAAUCCUCCCUCUGUAAGGGUGAUACAGUAUUUGGGGAUCCCCUACGCCCAACCACCGUUAGGUAAGUUACGUUUCGCCGCUCCUGUCACGGACCCCCUUCCGUCCUGGAAAGGAAUACGAAAUGCCACGCAAUUCGCACCCUCCUGCCAACAAGUGACGAACCGACUGAAGCUACACGAAAAACAUUACAAGAGAUUACUACCAGCCGAUCAACCUGACCCUGGAGUCAACGAGGACUGCCUUUACUUGAAUAUCUUUGUACCCGAUGGUAAGCCCAAGUAACAUAUUCUUCAUCUUUAAAUUUAUUUUCUUCAUCCCACACUGGGUUACCCUUUUCAAGAUUAAACAUAUCCACCUACACUCGACUGGAAAAUUAAAAAUUCGA